AUGGCGAGGAUUACGACGCGUGACGUGCGCACGCGCGCGGGGGAUGAGUCGGGGCGGAGCGGAUCGGACGAGGGCGACCGGCUGGAGACGUCGGGGGGGUCGGCGGAUGGGGGUCGGCGGAGCGAGGCGGCGACGAACGCGAACGUGUCGACGAACGGAGAUAACGGACGAGGAAGGGAGCCGACGCCGCAGCGAGGGACGGCGUGGUGGGUGGUGAACGUACUGCAACCGCUGGAGCUGUUGAAGCUUCUGGGGAAGGGAUUUUUGUUUUACGCGGCGUUCAGCGUGACUACGUUCGCGCUGACCGCGCAAACGUCUGCGCAAACGCAACCGGUGUCGGCGAGGUACGACGUGUUCGUGGAGGCGGCGAAUAGGAACAACAUUCGAGCGGUGCAUGUGGAUGGGAAUCAGCUCACGUGGGUUUCACGGUCGAAGAAGAUUGUGCCUCCGCCGCCGGGUUCAGAGGGAACGCCGUUCAACGAACCGAGGGAGGUGGAGGUGGUGUAUCACACAACGCGACCGAAGGAUGCGCCGAUGCCGUACGAUGCCAUCAUGAAGAAUAGUGUGGAUAUGACAGCUCCAGAUCCGAGACAAGCUCCGAAUUACGCGCCGUGGCUCGCGCUGCUCAUGUUCGUUUUGUUGGUGAACGUCUUCCGCAACCAGGGUCAAGGGAGCUUUGGCGGUCCGGGAGUUCGCGGCUCCCCGGGAGGGAUCUCCAUGCCCGGAGUGCAGCGUGGAGGUCGAGCCAGAGACGCCAUCGCACCGCCUACGACGACGUUCGCCGACGUCGCGGGCGUGGACGAAGCCAAGGAGGAGCUGCAAGAGAUCGUGGACAUACUGAAGAGACCUGAAAAGUAUGCGCGACUUGGCGCCCGACCACCGAGCGGCGUCAUGCUUGUCGGGGCUCCAGGUACCGGCAAGACUUUACUCGCUCGUGCCGUCGCUGGAGAGGCCGGGGUACCAUUCAUAUCCAUCUCCGCGUCCGAAUUCGUCGAGCUUUACGUCGGUAUGGGUGCUGCUCGAGUGCGCGAGGUGUUCGCCAGGGCAAAGGCGCAGUCUCCGUCGAUAGUGUUCAUCGACGAAAUCGACGCCGUGGCGAAGAGUCGCGGAGACGGAAAGAUGCGCGGUAUGGGAAACGAUGAACGCGAACAAACUCUCAAUCAACUUCUUACCGAGCUCGAUGGAUUCGAGACGGAGUCGAUGGUGAUUUGCAUUGCCGCCACAAACCGCGCAGAUACCCUUGACGCAGCUCUGCGUCGACCAGGACGCUUCGAUCGAACGGUUUCGGUGGAUCGUCCAGAUAAACAGGGACGUCGAGAAAUUCUCGCCGUACACACGGGUCGACGACAUCUUCCCCUCGCCGAGGACGCUGGACUCGAUGUCAUUGCGCAGAUGACGGCGGGUUUCACCGGCGCAGACUUGGAAAACUUGGUGAACGAGGCCGCGCUCCUCGCCGGUCGCUCGGGCAAGAGCACGGUGGGUUAUGCGGACUUUGAAGCCGCCGUGCUUCGAACAAUCGCCGGCAUCGAGAAGAAGAGAAACCUGUUGUCAAUCAGCGAGAAGACGACAGUGUCAGUUCACGAAGUCGGCCACGCUCUCGUCUCGACGGCAGUAGGACGGCUCAUUCCGGACACUGAACGUCCGGAGACGUUGAGCAUCGUCAGUCGCAGUGGGGGUGCGCUCGGAUUUACGUACACGCCGCCAACGGAGGACCGUUGGCUGAUGUACAAGGACGAACUCUUGGGCAAGGUGACGACAUUCAUGGGCGGGCGAGCUGCGGAGAUGGUGGUGUGCAAGCGCAUCAGCUCCGGUGCGAGCGAUGACAUUCAGCGUGCAACAAACUUAGCGUAUAAGAGCAUUGCUGAGCUCGGUUUCAGCGCGAACGUUGGCCCGAUGAGUCUCUCAACUCUCUCGUCUGGGGCCAGCGAGGACGUUCUGUUCGGCUCGGACAGGGCAAGCGAAACCGACUCUAUCGUCGAAAAAGAGGUCAAGCAUAUACUCACAACUUCUCUUCUUGUCGCGUGCGACGUGAUGCGGGCCAACGCCGACGUCAUGGCCGACCUAAGCAAAGCUCUUGCCGAGGAAGAGAAAAUAUACGGACCCAAUCUUCAACAGUAUCUCGAUCGAGUCGUCGCGCCGCCGUCGCUCGAACUGUUUUUGAAAGGCGAAGCACCACCCGUGACCGCGGCUGACAUCGAACUUAUGUCGAACUUUCCACUGCCGGCCGUCACGGCUCAAACUACCAGUAGAUGA